UUGUUUAAUCUGACUGUUACUUGACACCACACGGGUGUCGCCGGGUGGACUGUUUGCCUUUUCCCCUCCACAGCACACUGGUCCCCGCCGGGUCUCUGCCGAGAUGGGCCAUGGUGAUAUCAAAAGCAAACAAGAAAAGAAGUUUGGAAACUACAGACUCUGAAACAUAAUAAGACAGGCACACAUACCCCCGGCUGCUAUACCAGGCUAAGUGACACUCUGCUCCAUGUAUAGAGCACCUUUCUUUAUUCAUCUGUCCAUCCAUGGACGUUCAUGAUGCUCCUGUGUUCCCCUGCUUAGAACAGCACUGCUGAGAGCACGGGAGUAUGAGCAUCUUCUCUAAGAGAAAAAGAAAAUCCGUGCUUUGAGAUUAGAACUGGUCCACAGGAAGCUCCAAUUUUGUGGGAAGUGGGCUGCACCUAUCCUUCCAGCAGCAGCAGCAUCAGAGCCCUCCCCGCGCCACCCCCCCCACGCCAACAGGGCCAUGCAGGGCAACAAGAAGUGCACAGAUGGCUUCAGCGACUCCUCUAGCAUCGGCAGCGUGCUGGAUGAUGCAGACCGGGAGGUGAGCAACCUCACAGACCGGGCCUUCCGGAGCCUGUGCGUCUCUGAGGAGGCCUCCUUCCAUGACUCUGAUCUGGCCCUGUCCCCGGACAUCUCCCGCCGGGUGUUUGGGCCUCUCCACCAAGGUACAGUGAGCCACGCCCACAGGAAGAGUGGCAUCUGGAGCCAGCUUCCGCCACAAGGCACAGAGCACACGGGCUGGGCGGCCACUUUCCAACAGCUGCCCAAGUACGUUCAAGGGGAGGACAAGUACCCCAAAAGCAGCCCCCCACCCACUCCUGCCCAGCGGAGACUAGAGGUGCCAGUUUCUGGCCUGCGGAGCAACAACAAGCCUGUUUCCAAAGUAUCAUCCCUGAUCAAGUCUUUCGACAGGACUGAGAACCAGCGCUGCGACAGUAGGCCACCCCCCAGCAAGCCUCCAGCUCUCAAAAAUCCCCCCAAAUUCACACCUCUUCCAGAUAGCAGUGUCAACUUCUGCUUCGACUCUGCCUUUCUGACAGUCAGGAGGGUGCCUGCUGAAGUCUCCAAUGUACACCAAGGCAGUCACCAGCCCACCCAGAGCCAGGGAGAACAAGAGUCCCCUAAGAACCCUGAGAUGGCCCAUCACAGCUCCGGCACCUUCUUGUCAAAACCGGACAGCGCGGCCAGCUUAUUCGAGUCCAAAUUCCCCUCUCCACCACACCACGCAGCCAAGGUGGAGCCUAGCAGAGUCCAGGAGUGGGCGCACAAAAGGACCUUUCUGCACAGUGAGAAUAGUGCCUUCGAGUCGUGGGACGCCCACCAACCCAAGCUGCUGGAGAGAAAGAAUGUCUCUGAAAGCAUCUCUGAAAACAAAGUUCCCAGACAUUACGAGGAUGCAACCCCCAUAAGAGAGGCCCAUGCUCCGCAGCACAAGGUCUCUCCCCGCCCCAUGCGGCCCAGCUGUGCUCAGGAGGAGAACUGCUCAGCCACGGGGGUUCUGUCCACCUCUGGACCCUGGGGAGCCAGGGAUCUGGGAGCCCAGGUGGAGGGAAAACCACCCAGCUCACAGCCUGACCCUCAGGUGAAACCAACCCAGCCUCCGUGGAGAAAGCCGAAGACCAACAGGGGAGGGAAGGAAAAUCUGGUAGAUGUUGCAGAGGAACAGAAACAGACCCAGCGGAGAGGCCCCACUCUGUACACAAAGCACAACGUACAGGCGCACCCCGCAGAGAACGACACCAUGGACGUGGCUGGGGACCGCGACCCGCAUUACAGCCCUCCUUUCAAUAUCAGUAAACUCCUGACCCCUAUCAUCCCCACCAAGCACGCCCUGGAGUCAUUGGACAGCCGGCCAGAGGAGACCAGCCCGUCCCCACCAGGGCAGCUGAAUGGAUAUCAGGAGCGGGAGCCCAGCGAGUGUCCAUCAAGAGACAGCUACAAAUCCAAAGCACCCAGCCUGCUGUUCAAUCUCAAGGACGUGCGGAAGCGCGUCAAGAGCACAUACAGUCCCUCCCUUCUGUCCAAAGGCUUUGAUGAGAAAUCCCGAGGGAAGGCUGAUGGCAAACAAGAGUCAGUGAGCAACGGAGUUGUGCUUCCCAACGGGAUCGAGGAAAGUCCUCCAAACGAGCUAUUUGCAGAGAGGUUAGCUGAGGACCCUACCACCUCGCACACCGGCACCCAGAACCCUCCAGCCCACCCCAGUGAGGCCUCAGUGCACAGCCUUGGCUCCCUCCCUACAGCUGCCACGACCUCUUCCUGUGUCAGCGAGAAGGCUGCAGGAAGGGGCAGCAAGGCGAAAGAUGCUGAUGACAGGGAGUCAGAGCCAGGCUCUUCCGAAUCCACCUGGCAUGCAGACAGCAGGAGACAGGGUCCCAGGAAGCAUCUGUCCCUGAGGUUGUGCACCAAUGAGUCCAAGGAGGAGACUGGGCAGGAAACAGGGCAAACCAAGCCCUACCACCUGGAGAACGGUCUCUUGCAAUCCUCCUCCCAGGAGACAGAACCUGAACACAAGACAGGGCUUCCGAACCCACCCCUGGACCAGAAAGCCUCGCCAGGACCCCUGUCCCCCGAGGAGGAGGAUGUGUUCUAUAGUGACAGCCAGUCCGACUUUAUGCCAGGCCUCCGCAGGAAGACAAAGUUUAGCACCAGCUCUUCAGAUCAGUCUUUUGCUUCCUUUGAUGAUCAGCAGAAGACGUGGUUUUCCGAGAGCCAGCGGGAAGACAGAAAGAAUGAUGUGAGUGUAGGUGACAGUGAGAAGAAGGGACAUGUGACAGGGACAGGUGACGUCCUGAGUAAUGGGUACAUGUGCAUGGGAGAGCACAGCCAGGGUCAGGCACCGCAAAGCACAGGGGAAGGUCUGUGUGCAGGCGGACCCGGAAGCGUGUCCACUAAGGAAGCAAAACACAGAGGCUCUUGGAUGGGGGAAAAUAAGGACAUGGCCCUUUCACAGGCCACAGACCCCACCCCUUCUCCAUCUUCAGCUGUGAAUAAGCACCUGCUGUUCACAAUUAAAGACAACACCCUAAGGGCCACCCCUGUGAUCAAACCCAUCAUCCUGCCACUCCUGAGGACGGUGUCCUCAGAGGACUCGCUCGGAGGUGGCCACAGAGAGGGAGGAUCACCAAGGCAAGGCUGGGGUGAGGAUGCUGGAGGGCGCAGUGUCCUCGAAAGCCGGGAAAUGCCCAGCACCCCGACACCUGCUAACACGCGGGGCACACGCUCAAAGCACAUGGCCUUUGAGGUCUCAGAGGAUCCUGGGCAGAUGUCCGUGGCAGCUGGGACAGACACCUCUCAACAAGACCCUGAGGGGACUUUCUCAUCUCUGCCACUGGCGGGAGAGGGCAACAGGAUGAAGCCACCCCCAGAUAGGGCACAGGAAGUCAUAGCUAGCAAUAGGAGGCGCAGGCCCACAGACUCCAGGAAGCCGGCUGCCCCUAGACACAUCCCCACCAUCACUUUCCCUGAGGGUGAUCUGGAAGAACAGCCAACCCCUCAGACACUGGCCACUUGCUGGGAAGAGCAGCAGGAAAGUAUCCAAGGCCAGUUUCUGUCUGCACCCAGAGCAGGGCCACUAGGGCGAAGACUGGUCCUGGGCGAGAUGGCGACAUCCCCCAACCCCAGCUCCAUGGGAGAGAGCAGCGCCUGCUCACCCUCUGCCAACAGCCUUUGGGACAGUGCCUCUCAGGCCCCUGGAGACCUGGGUCUGCUGCCCGAGGAGCCCCCUGGCAGCCCAAGGAGCCCCUGGGCUGGCCUAGAUCCUACCAGGCUGGCACGGCGGGAAGACUUGAUGCAUGGCCUCAUGUGGGAGCCAGAUAGCUCAGACCCCCAGCGCCAGCUGGUCACAGAGGACCUCUGGGCGCUCUCCCCCAGAGGCUCCUUGCCAGAUGCAGCCACCAGCCCUGAAAGACCUGAGCCUCCCAUUCAGCUGGAGAGGGUGGCUGAGAAGCCCCCCGCAGUGCCCCCCAAAACCGAGAAGGCCCUGCGGCGAGCAAAGAAGCUGGCCAGCAAGCGGAGAAAGAGUGAUCAGGUGGCUGAGCGGCUCAGUGAAGCCCGUGAAGUUCGCGAGGGGACCGAGCGUAGGCCCCGGGCCUUUGGGGAGGGACCCCAGCUCCCUACCGUGCGUGCACUGCCCCCUCCUGCACACCGCCACUCAGUGUCAGGUGUCAUGGAACCCAUGGGGAGGCGGCUGUGGGGGACCCAGUCCCUGGCACCCCUGCCCCCGUACCCUGCCAUGCAGAAGGUCCUCCAGGACCCACAGUCUGGGGAAUACUUCGUCUUCGACCUGCCCCUCCAGGUGAAGAUUAAGACCUUUUACGAUCCUGAGACUGGCAAGUAUGUCAAGGUCUCAGUCCCCGCCUCUGAGGGGGCCUCCCCUGAGCCACUUGGGCAGGACACCCUGACAAUGCCCUACCUGAUGUACCCAGGUCUCCGGCCUGUGCCUGUCACAGCGCUGAGGCCCCUGCGCUGUUCUUCCCAGCUCUCCGCACCCACCUUCCUGGGGCAGGGCCUCCACUCUAGGCCCCACAGCGUCCACGACACAGGGCCUUGGCCCAACGCUGGGUCUCAGGGGGACACAAGCCCACCCAAGGCCACCCAGCAUGCACAUGGGCCACCCAGGGGCCUAGAGGAUGAGGAAGUGGAAGCCCCAGGCCUGGCCAUCAUCUCCACCGAUGACCUGGAGGACUUUGCCACAGAAGGCAUUUCUUGAGGGUUAAAACAGACUGAGCCCCAACCCCCAAAACCAAAGAGCUUACAUCCCAUCCCCUCAAACAGACAGUCUCUCUCUCUGUCUCUGUCUCUGUCUCUCUCUCUCUCACACACACAGGCCCACACACACACAUACACACAGGCAUCAACCAUAUUCAGCAAUCUGAGACCCCAAAUGUCCAGAGGAAAGUGGGGAUCUACCAGCCCCCUCCAAAGAGGGUGCUGUUCACCUGGCCCAUCCCUGCUGCCUCUCCCCGCACCCGGCCAUCCCACCCUGCCUGGGCCCUGUUCUAGGGUGAUGUAGCUCAGAUGUAGCUCAGAUCCUCAGGGCUGCUGGACAGCAGCCUCCACCCUUUCUCAAGGUGGGCUAGCCAGGGAAAGCCUGGGUGUCCUACCUGGGGUAGGCCCGCACACCGCAGCCAGGCUGCAGGUCACCUCAGCAGUCUUGUAGAAAUGAUGAUGGCGACGAGGACAGGUGUUGCUUUGUUCCCCACAGGGAACUUGCCUCCCAGCUCUAUUUUCUGACAAAGAGAAGGCUACCAUUUAAAACAAUGAAACAAGUUUGCCAACCCA